GGGGCCUGGGGGCAUCUGUGCCCUAGGCACAGCCUGGGGAGUGAAUGCCUCAGGCUCUCUGGGGUACCACAGCGCAGGUGCGACUUGCUGAGCUAACAGCUUCAUCGAGUAGCGAGUAGCGGGUAUUUGUGGCAGCCGCUUCCGCAACAGGUGUGAACAGGUCCCACCCGACUCCACCCUGGAAAGUCCUUUUGAAGAAAUGGCCCUGGUGAGGGGCGGCUGGCUAUGGAGACAGAGCUCCAUCCUCCGCCGCUGGAAGCGGAAUUGGUUCGCUCUCUGGUUGGACGGCACACUCGGCUACUACCGUGAUGAGACGGCACAGGACGAGGAGGACCGUGUGCUUAUCCAUUUCAACGUCCGGGACAUAAAGGUCGGCCAAGAGUGUCAGGAUGUGCAGCCCCCAGAGGGCAGGAGCCGAGAUGGCCUGCUGACAGUGAACCUACGGGAGGGUUCCCGCCUGCACCUGUGUGCGGAGACCCGGGAUGAUGCCAUAGCAUGGAAGACAGCACUGUUGGAGGCGAAUUCCACCCCGGUACGAGUCUACAGCCCAUAUCAGGACUACUAUGAGGUGGUGCCCCCCAACGCUCAUGAGGCCACAUAUGUCCGCAGUUACUACGGGCCACCUUAUGCAGGUCCUGGAGUAACACACGUGAUAGUUCGAGAGGAUCCCUGCUAUAGCUCCGGUGCCCCUUUGGCUAUGGGCAUGCUUGCUGGGGCUGCCACAGGUGCUGCUCUUGGCUCACUCAUGUGGUCACCUUGUUGGUUCUGAGCUCUGGGGCUCUGACCUCCGGACAUGCACAUAGAACACAAGACCCUUUUCUUCCUGGACCACCCUCUGCUAUCUACCAUCUAAACUCUGUCCCAUUUUGACCUUUUUCUCUCCAUUAAGCCCUCUAUGCCUGGCUCAUUCCUCCCAUCACCUACCCUCCUUCCCUCUCAGAGGAAGCUAACAUCUCAGGCACAGAUAUGGCCGAAAAAUCCUCACACCUAUUGCCAGACACCCCCAUAAAUCACAUAUGAAUAUAUUUCUUUUAGACACAGCAAACAUAACUUCAUUUGGCUCCAAGUGUUUGAGGGAUGGAGAUCAGAAGAGGACAAACAACAAAGCUACCAGUCUGGCAAGGACAUGUGGGGGGAAAGGGGAAAGGCAGGCAGUUUGGGUGCUGUUGGCAGCAAGCACCAGCAGAGAUUAUCGUCAUUUGUCCAAAGAAUCAAAUACAGUUGGCUUGGCGUUGUGGCAGGGGUUGGAUUGCAGUUCUCCAGGCUAAGGAGCUUCUUGAUUUCAACUAUAAUGAAUAUUAUGCCUGUUUUGUUAGUACUGGCAGUACAUAGACUUACCCAAACAGAGUUUGGCACCUUCUUCCCACUACUAGCUUCCCUGUGAGAGUUGAACUAACCCUAGGGUUUCUUGGCUGUGGGACAGGUGACCUCUUUGGGACCUCCAGCCUUAGGAAGUUGCUUCCUUUAGGAAAUGCCUUUUUGAUCCUAGGAGCUCAGCUCUAUAGCUUUGACUGAUACCAUCUGAGGCUUUUUCUCUUCCUUCACUCUGGAGGAGAUGGCAUUAUUUUGCUCGGGGGCCUGAUCCACCUUGGCACCAUCCUGAGGAACAGCUCAUGUGCCUGCCUGUAGGUGGCAAGCAAUCUCUCCAUUUGAUCCUGUUCCAGACUCUUCCACUACCCUUCCAUUCCCAGUUGCUAAUAGAAAAGCUAAAAUCCCUGGCCCAGUGGCCAGAGUGCCCACUAAAGUUCCCUGUAGACGAGGGCUCUGUUGGCUCAGACACUAAUAAAGACAUGACUAGCCCCGAAA